AUGCCUCUGGACACGAAGGAGUCCGAUCCUUCCGGUCCUCCUGAAACUUCAAAGACCGAGCCUCUAGCAUGCGUUUCCUGCAGGGCUCGCAAGUUAAAGUGUGACCGUACAACGCCAGCCUGUACUCGCUGUGUCAAGGUCUCGAAUGAUUGUGUAUAUCCCGAAUCAAGGAGGAAGCCAAAUUUUAAGAGGAGAAACGUCAAAGAGCUUGAGGCUCGCUUAGCUCAAGUUGAGGACUAUCUCAAAGAAGUCAACAAGAAUUCUUCUGAAGAGAAAACAGACGACGGUAGUCCCAUCUAUCCAAAUCAGCAUCAUGUCAACUUUGACGUCUCUCCUGGAAUACCGGGACUUGUGAACGAUUUUUCGGAUCCCGGUUUUUCGUCCUUUCAGCCGUCAGCUUUUGAUCAACAGUCAAAUGAUGAAAAUACUCCUUUCAACGCACAGUUGAUGAGCCUAGGCAUGUCUGAACCUUUACCCCCGGACGAUGUCAUGGAAGAACUCAACAACCUCUUUUUCCAGAAUCAGUAUCGACUGAUACCCAUCAUCCACCCAGGGAAAUAUCUCCAAGCCUUUUAUGGCCCUUUGCCCAGGAGACCCGCAAUGUGUUUGAGAUAUAUCAUAUGGGCUUUGGCAGCUGCCGGUAAUAACAAGUAUGACGAAUACCACGACAUAUUCUACCGUCGGUCACGACAAUACAUGGAAGCAGAUACGAUGAAGGGUCACGGUGAAGUCUUCAUUUCCAUUCAGCACGCGCAGACCUGGGCACUUGUUGCUUUCUACGAAGCAAAGAUGCUAUUGUUUACAAGAUCGACCAUAAGUGUGGCUAACUGCGUUCGCUUGUGCCACAUGAUGGGACUUAACCGUCUGGAUGGAGAUAACGUCGGUAUGCCACCGUCUUUAGGACCUCCUCUUACAUGGGCCGAGCUGGAGGAAAGAAGGAGAAUCUUCUGGGGCGUGUUCGCUGCAGAUUCUCACUGUUGUAUCUCUACAGGAUGGCCCACUCUGAUCGAUACGGACGAUAUUGCAACCAGGCUUCCUGCUUCCGAAGAAGCAUUCAUUCAAGACCGUAAAGAAGAAGCGCCUUUCUUGGACGAUGCGAUACAAGGUGCUCAAUACACAGGCUUUGCUGGGACUAUCGUCACAUGUCAGAUCAACAAACUCGUCCUCCGUCAUAUUCACCGCUCCAAGCCAGAUAGUCGAUGUGAAGAUCUGAUGAAUGGGCCAUUCUGGACUCGACACAGAGAUCUGGAUAACACAUUGUCCAGCCUCUUUAUGUUUCUUCCUGAGAAUUUUCGCCUUCCCGAGAAUAUACGAGACGUAUCAGCACUCCAUCUCAAUAUGAAUCUGCAUGCCGCUAUUAUCUGUGUUCACCAUGCGGCUGUCGAAAAGGCCGAAAAGUACAAGCUACCAGAUCAUGUCAAGCAGAGCAGUGUAGCUCGACUUCGAGCAGCCGCCGAGGAGAUUGUCAACAUUAUGAGACUCACUUCGAACGUGACGCUUUUUUUUAAGAGCCCAUUGUCUGCCCUAUCUUUGUACUGCGCAGCUACGGUUUAUAUUUAUCUUGCAAAAGAGAACCGAACAACGGGCCUUAACGCAAUGGACUUAUCAAAUUUGCAGCUAGUUAUCCAAAGUAUGGAGGCCAUCGCGCGUGUACAUACGAUCACUCGAACCUUUUUACAACAAACCUGUAUCGACGUGGAGAGGAGUGGAUUGGAUUCUGUUAUCCAGAUGCCUUUGCUGAGAAGGUAUCGUGAUGCUUUUGGGCCGAGCAAGUCCCAAAUACCGAUCUUGGCUCGUACAUCAGUUUCAAAUCAUUCCGGGCCAUCACCCAUAGUGUCUGGUAGUGAGAAAAGAAUCGAAGCCGAGCAGACCAGACUGAGCAGUGUUGCCCAACUUAUGGGCGUGACUAUGGGGACGACAUGCUACCAAGCUUUACUCGGGUCCGCCUACCGCAACAUUCGGCCAGACCCAAUGAACAACAAACGGAAGAGAAAUGAAGAGAAUUCCAUGCCUAACAUGCGAAGCAGUAAUGCUCUUGACUUGAAUCUGAAUCACAGCUUCAAGGGAACAGGGAUGUGGUCUGGAUCUUUUUCUCCUCAUAUGACUACUUUGGGUGGCAUCUCCCUGCCCGACCGAACAAAUUCAUCAGCUGCGUCCUCGCCGAUCAAUCAGGCCUCGAACUCUGGUUCAUACACCAAAACAGCUUCGGGGAGUAGCCACACCUCACCCGACAUUGGUCUUGGAAACAGUGCGGAAGAAAACCGAAUUGACCUCAGAGCUUUCCAAGACCGGAUAUCUACACCAAUCUGGCAGUCGACUGAAGAAACACUAUUUGCACAGAUGGCGACAAACACGCUGGGUACCGACGGGACUGACACUUGGGGGAUACUUACUGCUGUCGACUUGAAUUGGGAUGCGGAAGGGCUGUCAGCGGGGAGUUGA